AUGGUUUCAAAUCAGUGGGUAAAUCACUCGUGUCAUGGUGUCAGUGGUGGAGGAGAUCUCAACGUGUCGAAACAGGAUGAGUUGGCGUUAACGCUGGCGAUCUCGGAUCAAUUUGCCACGUUUUUGGCAUCAUUGGAGAGCUUGUUUUAUAUGACGGAGUACCUGGCCCAUCAUGUAUUGGUAUUAGAUCGAUUCGAUGAAUGUUUAGAAAAUUGUGCCGAAUUCAUAUCGGCAUUUGCUAAAGUGAGAGAAUGUUCAGCCGUGCAAAACUUGACGGUGGUUGUGGUGAUGAGCAGUGGUGUACCUCGACAGUGUGUCACGUUGACUAAUCCAACAAUUGAAUUUAAACCCUAUAGUGAAGACCAAGUGGUGCGCAUAUUCCAGGAUGGUCAAUUAUGCGAAUUGAAAAUGAUGCAGGAGGAAGGAGACGGAAAGGAGAAGCAAGUCAUGACUACUGAGUUACAGAAGAGGGAGUUUUACAACCAGUAUGUGAAGUUUGUCGUUGAUCUGUAUUACCUGUACACGGGUUCAAAUAUGAUUAUGUUGCGACACUUGAUUGUGAGCUUAUGGGAUAGAUUUAUCGAACCUUUGCGAUUGGGCUUGUACUCGAUUCACGAAGUGGUGAAAGUUUUUAAACAUAAUAUUGACUUGUUCACCAAUGACAAAAUCAUUAGUAAUUCAUCGAUACCCGACUACAAGACCCUCCACGAUGAUGAUGAAAACCAAGAGCAAGAAGACGGAGCGAAUGGAAUAAAUGGUGGUGUUGCUGUUGGUGAGGGUGGUGAGGAAAAAGUCGGGUUGGGUAAUGUUCAAGAUUUACCCUACCAUUCCAAAUUCAUUCUCCUAGCGGCGUAUUUGGCUUCAUACGGCAACCAGCGUAACGACUUGCACAAGUAUUCUAAAGUCAAAGUAGUCAAGUAUAAGAAACGGGCUAGCAGAAAACCAAAGCUCAACAAUGGAUCGUCGUUGCAUUUAAGUAAAGAUGACAUCGAUUCCCGUAUGUUGACGGCAAACUACGUCGACUUGGAGCGCAUCUUGGCCAUAUUAUCAGUAAUAUACCAGCACUCAUCUGUGACAUUGAACCAAUCAGACAAGCACGACCUCUUGUACUUGGGUGAUGAAAUUGUUGAUUUGGAAAAUAAAAAACAGGUGGAGAAAUCUAAUUUUACCCUUACGCAAAAUAUUGAUUUGAAUUUACAAAUUGCUACAUUGUACUCAUUGGGUUUUUUAAGCAAGACGAAUAAUUCGGAUAUUUUGGCGGCGAGAAUUAGAUGGAAGUGUAAUUUGGAUUGGAAUAUGGCGGAAGCUAUUGCUAAAUCCGUCAAUUUCCCCAUUUCUGAUUUCUUAGAUGAUGAUUGA